AUGGAGAAACCACUUCCAUACCCAAAAAUCUACUCUAGAAAGGAGAAGGAGAAACAAUAUGGGCGAUUUAUGGAUAUCUUCAAGCAAUUGGAGAUCAAAAUACCCUUCUCAGAAGCACUUCAACAAAUGCCAGCCUAUGAAAAGUUCAUGAAGGAACUCCUCACCAAAAAGAGAAAAUACAUUGAGGAGGAGACUAUUGAAGUGCAAGGCAAUUGUAGUGCCAUCACUCAGAAACUUUUUCCCCCAAAAUUCAAAGACCCGGGUAGUUUCACCAUCCCUUGCACCAUAGGGAAACUUGUUAUUGGGAAGGCCUUGAUUGACUUGGGUGCUAGCAUCAAUUUGAUGCCCCUUUCCUUAUUCAAGAAGAUUGGAGAGCUAGAACUCAAGGCGACUAGGAUGACUCUACAAUUGGCGGAUAUAUCUAUCAAAUACCCACAUGCUAUAGUGGAGGAUGUUCUUGUGCAAAUUGAUAAAUUUGUGUUCCCGAUGGAUUUUGUCAUCAUAGAGAUGGAGGCGGAUGUAGAUGUGCCUCUUAUCCUUGGAAGGCCAUUUAUGAAGACGGCAAGUGUGCUUAUUGAUGUUGAUGAUGGCAAGUUCAAGGUGAGAGUGCAAGAUGAAGAAGUGAAUUUCAAUGUUUUUGAAGCCAUGUCCCACUCUAGUGAUGAGGGAGAAUUUUUCAAAGUGGAUGUUCUUGAUGAAGUGUGCACUAGAGUGGAAAGGGAGAUUCAUAUUUCUUCUCCCCUUAUGAAGACCCUCAUUUAUGCACGUGAGUCUCUCAAUGAAGAAGAGGAUAGAAUUCUUGAUGAUUGUUUGACCAAUCUUGAUGUGUUGAAGGAGAUUCCACUUCAUGAGGAGAAAGUUGAAGAUUUAAAGACUUGUGAUAGUGUUGAAGAGAAGAAGGUGGAGCUGAAAAUGUUACCCUCCCAUCUUAAGUAUGUUUUUCUAGAAGAGGGUAACAACAAACCUGUCAUCAUUAGUAGCUCCUUGACAAUUGAUGAAGAGAAGAAGCUGAUGGAGGUCUUGAGAAAUAACAAAGGAGUUGUGGGAUGGUCUAUUUCUGAUUUGAAAGGAAUAAGUCCCACCUAUUGCAUGCACAAGAUCUUCAUGGAGGAAGAUUUCAAACCUGUGACCCAACCUUAG